UUGCGUUGGGUUGGUGGAGUGGAGGUGGUUUCAAUCCCUAGAGUUUCUUUGAAGCAAUUUUAUGUGUUAUUAAUGUUUUUUUGGUAUAGUUUCUUUGUUCAAUUAGGUUUACAAUUUGAAUGUGGAUUAAGAAGGGUUAAUAAGUUACUUCAUCAAAUCCUUCAUUCUCCAGAGAAGAAUUAAGAAUGCAGGACCCAAUAAAAGCAGCAAGGUGAGUGCUUGUAGAUUCAAUCAUUUGACUGAAUCUUCUCUGUAGUUGACCUCUUUGUCCAACAGUGGAAGACUAUGAUCAUCAUAAUACUUUUUGCUGCUUCUUUGGUUAUUUUUGUCUGUGCCAUUGUUUACAGGACAACGUCUCUUGCUCCAACCGGACGAAAGAUUAAGAAUGCAAGAUUCUCAGAUUAUGAGUCUGCCUCUUCGUCUCCUAUUAAUCCAAACAGAAGUUGCAGGGCACCAAAAAGCAGGAACUUGAAAGUAAACGAUCGACGGUCUCCCCAAAGCUCUGCAGUUGAGACUAGUUCAACCAAAGUGUCUGCUCUAGAGACUCGAUUUCUGCAACUCCAAGAAGAGCUGAAGAAGGCAAAGGAGCAGUUAACUUCAUCUGAAUCAAUGAAGAAGAAGGCACAACAAGAAGCACAAGAUACUAAGAAACAGUUAGGAGCCAUGUCACACAAACUAGAAGAAUCUCAUAAACAACUUAUCGACCUCUCAGAUUCCGAAUCAUCUCGUCUCCGAGAACUUCUCCAGAUCUCGCACGAUCGAGACCGAGCCUGGGAAUCCGAACUCGAAGCUCUCCGUAACCAACGCGAUUUGGAUAUUUCCGCCAUGGCUGAAAUCCAGAAGCUCAAGGAUCAAAUCCAUCACAUGGGAUUAGAGAUCGCUGACAAUCUCGCUCUGCUCGAGGAUUUCAAAUCUCAGCUAAACGAAUCCAAAGUUUCUGAAGCCCAAACGUUGAGCGAACUCAAAAAAGCGGAGAUGAAACUGGAAGUUUCUCGAAUGACCGAAGAAACAUUACGCGGCGAUUUAUCAAAAGCCGAUGAGGCAUAUAAAUCGUUAAUUUUGGCUCUUGCGGGCCUAAAGGCCUGUUUGGUUGAUCAAGAGACGAAACUGAAAUAUCUGAAUGAGGAGAAUGAUCUCUUAAAAUCGCAAAUCCAGGAAAGGGAUGACAGAAAGAACACAAUCAAAGAUGAAAUUAUUGAUUUAAAUGUGGUUGAGAUUAUUGAAGAACAAGAAUCCAUGGCGGAAGAAGGUAAGAUCAGUGAAAACCCUGAAAAUUGGGAGAUAGAAGAUGAACUGAGAAAGUUGAGAGUGCAAUGUAAUCAGUGGAGAAAAGCGGCAGAAGCGGCUGCGGCUAUUCUGUCAGGUGAGAACAAUGGGAAACACUCUAUGGAUCAUACUCUUGGCGGGAAGCUGGGGACGCCAUUAUCAGAUGAUGACUUUGAAGAAGAGUGGCCCAAGAAGAAGAAUGGGAACGUGCUUAAGAAAUUUGGAGUUCUGUUGAAAAAAAGUCAAAGGUAGAAUUGACUCUUUUCAAAAGAAGAUGGAAUUAAGCUCACACAUGUUGCUAAAAGUGUUAUAAUUGUGCAUUUUUAUCACUCCUAGUAUGUAUUUAUAUCAUGAUUUUACCAUUCUUAGUAGGUAAGAUAACAUUUAGGUAUUGUAAUAAACUCUUGACAAUGUAACACAUAAAUAAAAUUUAAAGACUUGUUUAUUUAAGAUAUG